AGGAAUUUCUCACAAUGGGAACUGUUUUAAUGGAGACCCCUGGACAACCAUGACUGCAUUAUCAUUCAAUCGCGGACCCGGGCCAAUGACCAGCUAUUUUAAAGAAAGCAAUUAUUUCACUAAAGAGGAUCUUCACUCUUCACCAGCCGAACUAUGUAUGGUGCAGCUUUACGUUUACCCAGUGAACUGGUUCCUACUUCUUGAGCAGAGCACAAUUCAUCCGUCAUAUUCGUCAAUCCACCUGUUUGAACUUCUUGUGUCACCGAUAAGACGACCAACACAAAAGAGGCACGCUUCAACCGAUCUCCCUUCUGCACCACUUGCCUUUGAGCGACAUGACGCAACAAAGGAACCACCUAAAUCCCAUUAUGAUGGUCACUUCAAUGUCACCACACUUCAUUCCAAAUACUUCAGGGCCGGAAAGCAUGAUACAGUUUCAAUUGAUUGCCUGAAGCUCGCCUUCAUCGAAGCACUCACGGCCAUGCUUAGUAGUCCCACAACCCACCAGCAUCCGCACCUACUCAAGCUACCCAUACCGCCAACCUGA